AUGCGUACAUUAUAUACACAUCAUCUUGUACCUAUUAUCUUGACGAACGAGAUCGCUGUUACUGAAUAUCGUGGCCGUCUUCAUUUUCCAAUUAGUUCAACCAUGCCAACCAUCGUCUCAUCUCCAUUCAAUAACAGCAACGAAUUGAAUGAAACGUUACGUCUCAAAGUUGAGAGAUCCAAUGCCGACACCACUCCGAAACGGAGAUUGAGAUCCGAUUCCGUUCUGCAAGGCAGUCCGAUCUAUUCGAGAAAUCCGCCCAGGUCUUGUUCUCCGAUGAAGUGGAAAUCGCCUCGCCGAUGCAUCAAUCACAGCCCAAACACUCCCGCAAACGAAAUGCAGGAAGAAUGUUGCGAGAAAUCGCCCAAAUUGCCGGUGAAAAGAUUGUCAGAUAGUUUUCUCGAUAAACCAAAAUGGAAUCCGAGAGAUCCGGUACAGUUGAGUGCAGUGAAGGAGGCAUUGCAUGUAUCGACCGUGCCAUCUAUGACUGUGUGCAGAGAAAAUGAGCAGAGAAGAGUUUUGGAGUUCUGUAAGCAAUGCAUAGAAAAAGAGAAGGCCGGGAGUUUGUAUGUGUGUGGAUGCCCGGGGACCGGGAAAUCACUGUCGAUGGAAAGAGUUAAAGAGUCUUUGAUUGAUUGGGCAAAGGAGGAAGGAUUUCAGCCACCAGAUGUUUUAGCCAUAAAUUGUACUUCUCUUGCACACACUUCCGAAAUUUUUAGCAAGAUACUAGAGAAGAACCAGCUGCGGAAGAAAACAAAUGGUUCUAAUUCACCCUUGCAGCAUCUUCAGAAUUUGUUUUCUCAAAAGCAGCAAUCAACUGGCAUGAAGAUGAUGCUGAUUAUUGCUGACGAGUUGGAUUAUUUGAUAACUAGAGACCGAGCUGUGCUGCAUGAUCUUUUCAUGCUUACAACUUUGCCAUUCUCCAGAUGCAUAUUGAUAGGAGUAGCCAAUGCCAUAGACCUAGCAGAUCGAUUUCUUCCAAGACUUCAAUCAUUGAAUUGCAAGCCUGCGGUUAUAACUUUUCGGGCCUACUACAAGGAUCAGAUCAUCACGAUUCUUCAACAGAGACUAACGGUACUUCCUUACACUGUCUUUCAAUCGCAAGCCUUGGAGCUCUGUGCCAGAAAAGUUGCAGCUGCUUCUGGAGACAUGAGGAAAGCUUUAUGCAUUUGCAGGAGUGCAAUUGAGAUGCUAGAAGCAGAGCUGAGAGAAUCUUCCUGCAAUCUAAAUAUGCCGUCAGUAGAAAACGUGCUUUUUGAUCAACAUACAACUCCAGCUCGGGAAAGUUUGACAAAGCAAGAAAUUGAUAUUGUGAGGGUUGAUCACAUGGCCACUGCUUUGUCAAAGACGUAUAGAUCACCAAUAGUUGAUACUAUACAAUCUCUUCCACAACACCAACAGAUUAUACUUUGUUCAGCUGUGAAACUAUUCCGUAGGGGAAAGAAGGAUACAACCAUAGGGGAGCUCAGUAAAUUUUACAUGGAUAUUUGCAAAUCAAUAUUAAUCCCACCAGUCGGAAUCAUGGAACUUUCUAGCAUGUGCAGAGUGCUAGGUGACCAGGGGCUUCUCAAACUUGGUCAAUCUAGAGAAGAUAAAUUAAGAAGAGUAACAUUAAAAGUAGACGAGGCAGAUAUUACUUUUGCAUUGCAGGGAUUUCGCGUAUUUCGAAAUUGCCUUCAGUAGUUCAGGACAUAAGUACAUGGGCUCAUGGUUAUUCUCAUGCAUGGUGGUGGUGAAUGUUCCGUUUUCACUUCUUCGCUUACUCUGAAUUUAAAGAUAUCAGUGCAUUGGCACAAUUGCUUCAGUCUAUUUUCAUCAGAUGUGGAGUAAUGGAGAGAACAGUUGGUAGACUUCUAGAUGUGGUAUUAGCCAGUUGCCAGCAAAGAGUUGCCGCUGCUGACAUAUCUAUUAUCAUUAGUUCCAAUCAUAUAAAUAUAUAUAUAUAUAUCUUUAUUUUUCAAGAAAAAACUGAUAAAUGUAAUAUACAAAUGUCACUUGUAACAGAAUUUAUUGAUAGCAGAGCUAUUACAUACAUUUUAGCAAUAAAGUA